UCUCUCUUUUCCCUUUCCCUCUCUCCUCAUCCCUCACUCUUGCCGUCCCUGUUCCUGGGCUCUGCCGUGUGUCUCUCUGAUGAAGGGUCGUCCUAAACUGCCUUCACUCUGCUCUUGCGUGAAAUACAGGUAUCAGGAUGAGGAGACUCCUCCCCUGGAGCAUAGCCCUGCCCACCUGGCCCACAGUAAGAGCGCCGAGAUGCUUCACAUGAGUGAUAAAAACUUGGCUGCCAUGGAUACCAUGCACGGCUAUGCUUCUCACACACACAUCUCUCCUGUAAAGCCAGUGUUGCUGUCGGCGGGCCAUACGCCUCUGUAUACUUCUGCAGUCUCCACGCUGGCAAAUUCUCCACCAGUCGUGGUAAAUACAGAUACUCUGGAUGGCUCCCCCUAUGUCAAUGGCACAGAAGGGGAGAUUGAGUAUGAAGAGAUCACGUUGGAAAGAGGUAACUCUGGUCUGGGCUUCAGCAUAGCAGGUGGUACCGAUAACCCUCACGUUGGAGACGACCCCAGUAUCUUCAUCACCAAGAUCAUACCAGGAGGAGCAGCAGCUCAGGACGGUAGACUGAGAGUGAAUGACAGCAUCCUGUUUGUGAAUGACGUGGAUGUUCGGGAGGUGACUCACAGCCAGGCUGUGGAGGCGCUCAAAGAAGCCGGAGCCAUCGUCCGCCUGUAUGUCCUCCGCAGAAAACCUGUCGCCGAGAAAGUCACAGAGAUCAAACUCGUCAAAGGCCCUAAAGGUCUGGGCUUUAGUAUAGCUGGGGGUGUGGGGAACCAGCACAUUCCAGGUGAUAACAGCAUCUAUGUCACCAAGAUCAUUGAAGGCGGAGCAGCACAUAAAGAUGGACGGCUACAGAUCGGGGACAAGAUACUUGCGGUGAAUAACGUGUGUUUGGAGGACGUUAUGCAUGAGGAUGCCGUGGGAGCCCUGAAGAACACGGCGGAGGUGGUGUAUCUGAGAGUAGCCAAGCCCAACAACCUCUACCUGACCAACAACUACAACCCCCCAGACCUCACAAGCACGUAUUCAUCUCACUUGGACACUGAACUUAGCCACCCCAACUAUCUGGGCUCAGAUUACCCACAAGCCCUCACUCCCACCUCGCCGAGCCGAUUCUCCCCAGUGCUGCACAGCAUACUGGGAGAUGAUGACCUGCCCAGAGACCCAAGGCGUGUGCUGAUCCACAGAGGAUCUACAGGUCUGGGUUUUAACAUCGUAGGAGGUGAGGAUGGUGAGGGGAUCUUCAUCUCCUUCAUCUUAGCUGGAGGGCCAGCAGACCUGAGCGGAGAACUGCGCAAAGGAGACCAGAUACUUAGUGUGAAUGGUGUUGACUUGAGAGCUGCUACACAUGAACAAGCUGCUGCUGCAUUGAAGAACGCAGGACAGACUGUUACCAUCAUUGCGCAGUACAGACCAGAGGAGUACAGUCGGUUUGAGGCUAAGAUCCAUGAUUUGAGAGAGCAGCUGAUGAACAGCAGUAUGGGCUCGGGGACCACCACACUGAGGAGUAAUGCUAAACAGGGCUUCUACAUCAGGGCCCUGUAUGACUACGAUAAGACCGCAGACGGAGGCUAUCUGAGCCAGGCGCUUAGCUUCCACUUCGGUGACAUCCUGCACGUGCUCGACUGCACUGAUGAUGAGUGGUGGCAGGCUCGCAGGGUCAGUCCCCAGGGGGAGGCCGAGGAGGUCGGCUUCAUCCCCAGCAAGAGGAGGGCCGAAAGGAAGGAGUGGUCUCGCUUAAAGUCCAAAGAGCGGGAUCGUGGUCGGGAUAGUUUAGGGUCGCAGGGAAGAGAAGAGUCUGCACACAGUUACGAGACGGUGACGCAGGUGGAAGUACACUACGCUCGACCCAUCAUCAUCCUUGGGCCAGUGAAGGACAGGGUCAAUGAUGACCUGCUCUCCGAGUUCCCAGACAAGUUCGGCUCUUGCGUACCUCAUACGACGCGACCGAAGAGGGAGUACGAGGUGGAUGGGCGGGACUACCACUUUGUGUCAUCACGGGAACAGAUGGAGAAGGACAUCCAGAGCCAUCGGUUCAUCGAGGCAGGACAGUACAACAGCCACCUGUAUGGGACCAGUGUCCAGAGCGUCCGAGAGGUGGCAGAACAGCAGGGCAAGCACUGUAUCCUUGACGUGUCGGCUAAUGCCAUCCGUAGACUGCAGGCUGCACAGCUUCACCCCAUAGCUAUCUUCGUCCGGCCCAGAUCGCUGGAGAACGUCCUGGAGAUUAACACCCGUCUGACAGAGGAACAGGCGCGGAAAGGCCUGGAUCGGGCUAUUAAACUGGAACAGGACUUCCUAGAGUGCUUCUCAGCCGUUGUGGAGGGAGACAGCUUCGAGGAGGUCUAUCACAAGGUGAAGACAGUGAUUGAGGAGCAGUCCGGGCCAUACAUCUGGAUCCCCACCAGGGAGCGCCUGUGAGCGCCGAGCCAGAGAGGUGGCGACCUGCCCAGUCAGCGCCCAGCCUGUUGCACCCAAACUGUGGAGCUCCUCCACGGAGCUGGCAAAGACUUCCAAGAGGAGAGAGAGAGAUAAAGAGAGUGAGAGAGAGAGAGGGAGAGAAGAGGAAAGAGAGAGAGAGAGAACUCUGGGAUUAUGUGUGGAAAAGCACAGGAACAGUCCACACAUCCCUCCAUCUGUCUCUUCUCCACUCUCUGUCUCUCUUUCUCUCUUUUGUUGUUUGUCACUGAAUCUCUUGCACAGGGCAGUUGGCCUGUUUAAACUCAAUAAAAGACAAACGCGGUAUACCGGAGGUUGGGGGAGGGGGGGCGACGAGAAUGAAAAUAAUCCUUCCUCUUUUUUUUCACUCUGCCUGACUCUUUUCU